AUGGACGGAUCUCGCGUGCACCCGCAUAAUUUCCGAGAGAUCUACACAAAAGCCUGCGAAGCCUUCGCCCACAAGCUGCAAUGCCAGGUAUUCGUUCUCCUCUGCCCAUCCCCCAGCCCAGACAUGGAAGAGAUCCCGACACGGCUGGAUGAGCUCGGCGAGCGAGUCAUGCAGAUCGGGUUCCUGGGUGAGGUCGGUGAGGUCGGUGUCCGGGAUCAUAACCGCGUGCGUGUUCGUUGGGGGUCGCUUCCUAUUAAGGAGAUUUGCUUUCAGAUUAAGUGGGAAUUGGCUGUUCUUAAGGAUGAGAUUGCUGGUGGUCAGACGCCGCCUCAGUUGAUUGCGGAGCUUUUGGCGGAGAUUUUGGAUUCGUUGCCUUUUUGA